CCUGGGAAGUAGGCUUCCCCUCAGUGGGUGUGGUCAGCACUCAUGGUUCUGGGGUAGGCAGAAGUUAGAGGAAGUAGCAUUUUAACUGGAGAGCUAAAGCUGAGACUACACAGAGCUGCCUUUGAUUUUCCCUGCCAAGUACUAAUGUUUUCACCUCUUACUUUCAACUGUGUCCUGCUGCUGCUGCUACUACUACUUACAAGGUCUUUGGAAGAUAAAUUUGAAGUCGAGGUCGGUAAGAAUGCCUAUCUGCCUUGCAACUACACUCUACCUAGUCCUGGGACACCUGUACCUGUAUGCUGGGGCAAGGGACCCUGUCCUUGGUCCCAGUGUACCAGUGAGGUGCUCAGCACUGAUGAAAGAAAGGUGACAUAUCAGAAAUCCAGAAGAUACCAGCUAAAGGGAAAUUUCCUCAAAGGAGUUGUGUCCCUGACCAUAGAGAAUGUGACUCUAGAAGACCAUGGGACCUACUGCUGCAGGGUACAAUUUUAUGGUCUAGGAAAUGAUCAAAAAUUAAACCUGGAAUUAGUCAUCAUACCAGCCAAGUUCACCCUGCCUGCGACUGCUCAUGGAGACCCUGCUACAACUUCUCCAAGAACCCUAACCACCGAGGGAGAUGGCUCCCGAUGGAGACAUGAGCACAGGGAGACACAGACUCUGGGGACCCUCCAUGAUGAAACUCCAACACAAAUUUCCACAUGGUCUGAUGAAAUGAAGGAUUCUGGAGAAACCAUCAGAACCGCUGUCUACAUCGGAGUAGGAGUCUCUGCGGGGCUGGCCCUGGCACUUAUCAUUGGUGUUUUAAUUCUUAAAUGGUAUUCUUAUAAGAAAAAGAAGUUACAGACUUCAAGCCUCAUCACACUGGCCAACCUCCCUCCUGUGGGGUUAUCGAAUGCAGGAGCAGGCAGAAAUCGAUCAGAGGAAAAUGUCUAUACCAUCGAGGAGAACAUAUAUGAAACGGAGAAUUCCAAUGAGUACUACUGCUACGUCAGCGGUGGGCAGCCGUCCUGACCACCUCUGGGCUGUCACUUCUUAAGGCUCACCUCCAUUUUAGACUUUGGUAUCUUCCUUUUUGAAAACUAUCAGAUAUGUCACCUGAAAAGUUUUGGAGGUUCUGUCCACGGCCACCGAGAAAAGUGUUCCUGUUUUCUAGGGAUAAUUAGCUCACAAGGGGAUUCGACUAUAACCUAUGCUAUGUUGAAAUGCACCAUAACCUCCGAGUUCCAGGGAAAGAAUCUCCCAACCCAGAGACAUGGAUGUUGAAGCUCACAUGUGCCUCGAUACAUUAGGUAUGCUUAGUCUGAGAUCUCUGGAGCACCUGGACAUUCCGGAUUGUGGUGUGUAUACAGAGCUCCUAAACAGAUAUGGGGAAGAUUAGGCUAAGAUAGAUAGGUGCAGGUCUUUGUUGAUGCAGGAAAUCUAAAGUGGCCACUGGUUUUUCUAGAGAUUUCUGACCUUGAAAAAAUAAAGAAAGAGUCAGGUGGUACAUGCCUAUAAUUACAUAACUUGGGAGGCUGAUGAAGGAAGAUUGUGAGUUCAAGGCAACCCUGGGCUGCGAUGGUGAGACUUGGUCUUAAAAACAAAAGAGGAAAAAAACCCCAAGCAAACACACCAGGAAGGUCAGAGGGUAAAGCGCUUGUUGUGCAAGCAUGAGGAACCUGAGUUUGAUCCCCAGAACUCACAUGGACAUGCUAGUGUGUGCUUGUAAACUCAGAGAUGAGUGGGUGAGGACAAAGCAGAUCCCUGGGGCUUGCUUGCCUAGUUGUUGAGUUCCAAGUCACUGAGAGCCCCUGUCUCAAAAUAAAAUGGACUGUGUUCCUGAGGAAAGACAAUGGAUGUUGUUCUCUGGUCUCCACACACGUAUGUGAACAUACCUUCACACACACAUAUGUGGUCACACAUGAAAGAAAUAAAGGAAGGAAGGAUCAGAAUAGGCCUAUACAGUAGUGAAGGUUCUCUCUGGGCCUGCUGCCUCUGUGUAAUGUGUAUCUCUACAUGACUGUCCUCUGCCUCAGUUAAGACUACUUCUGAGUGGGGGCAUGGUGGUGCAGACCUGUAAUUAACUGCAGCACUCAGAAGGCUGAAGCAGGAGCAUGGAGAGUUUAUGAGCAUUCUGUGCUGCACAGUCAGACCCUCUUUUACAAAAAGAAAAUGUCCCUCAUUUGCCUGUGACUGUGAAAGGAAACUCUCUUUGCCAAAGUCCAACCUUGCCUGUUGUGCUCAAAGGGAACUGCCUCUGAUGACUUCUCCAUUCACAGAGGAAGCUGGAGCUGUGUUUUCCACAGAAGAAGAACCAGUGACUGGGACACACAUUUUGUUUCCUGAUUGAAAGAAGACAGUGACCUAGCAGCAGUCUGUAUAAUCAGCCUUAGAUCCUUUGGUAUAAGGACAGUGGUCACAAAACCAAAUGUCCAAGCUGGUGGACAUCAAUUUUGUCUCACUUAAGACUGUCUGCUCAGUGCCUUGGUCUGUGUUGGUUCCUGUAUGUAACAGAACCUAAUUAAACAGCCCAGAGUGAAAAAAUUAAAUGAGCAGAAAGAUAGCUUUGUCAUAGACUUCUGCAUUGGGGAGCUCCUGUGUAGAUCAGAAGACAUUUAUCAGUGAGGACACAGGCAUCUGUCUGUUUGUGCAAGGUUUUCUUGUAUGAAUUUGGUGUUUAGGCUGCAUCUAGCUAGUUAUGAUAGGUACUGGCUUUCUUAGGUGGGUAUGGAAGGGAGACCAGAUGGCAAAAAUCAAUUAGAGGUAACGGUUCUCAUGUAGGUGAGGAAACUAGUCACAAAUGUUUGAAAGUUUUAAGACUGUACUGGGAAGGACUUUGAGCAUAUUUAAACUGGAUCAAUGGUUUCCUCCAUCAGCGUUCUUAUUGGACAAGGUCUUUAAGCAAAAGCAUGCAUACAAAGAUGAUCACUGUGUUGGUAUUUGCUGAGGACUUUUUACAUCAGUGGGGGAUGGUUGAUGACAUGGUAUGACAGUUUCUAUCGAUUGCUAACUAGACAGGAUCUAAAAUCAUCUUGAAGAUGAAUCUCCAAGUCUGUGAGGCAUUUUCUAGAUUAUGUUAGUUGAGGUGGGAACCCACUCUAAUGUGGGCGGGGCCGUUCCAUGGGCUGGUGUCCUGAACUGCAUGAAAAGAGAAAGCAGGUUUAGCACUGACAUCCAUCUCUUUCUGCUUCCUGACUGCCAUUGCAAUGUGACCGGCACAUCCUUGUGCCUACUCUCAUGUCUCCCCACCACCAUGGACCAUGUCCUCUUGACUUAUAAGUCAGAAUAAACUCUUCCCUUUUAAAGAGGCUUUCGUCAGGGAUUUUGACAUAGCAACUGGAAAACUAACUAAUGCACAUGGUAUGGAGUCUAACCAUACACGUGAUUAAAUAGAACCUGGUAGCUUUGCAGAGAGCUUGUACUUUUUUGGGUUUUGGUUUUUGAGAUAAGGGCUCAUAUAUCCCAGGCUGACCUUGAACUCACCAGGAUGGCCCUGAACUCCUAAUCUUCCUGCCUUUUCUUCCUGAGUUCUGUGUCUACCUUGCCCAGUGACAAACACUUUCAAGCAGUUGCAAUGUGCAGUCACUUGGUACUGGGACAAUAGAAUGAAUAACAUUUCUAGCCUGUGAAAUGUCUGGUUGAUCUGACAGGAGAAAGGAUCAUAUCCAUUCAUUCAGGAGAUCUUUAUUAGUAACUACUUCCUGCUUGACACUGUUUAGUCUCUAAGAACAACAGAAAACACAGCCAAAAUCUCUGCUACAGAGUAUGUACUGUUGUCUGAAGAUAAUGUUACAUUUUUAAGUCAAAAAAGAAUGUUCUAGACUGUAUAUUUCUCUGCUUAGCAUAUGGAAAAAAUACCCAAAUCAGUAAUUAUACCACAGGGUAUUUCAGUUUUUUCUUUUACAUACUUAUUAAAAUUUGAUUUUUUUGUAUUACUUUGUUUAUAAAAGUUAAAUUAAGCAUUAUAAUAAUGUUCUCCUGUUUCCUGUCCUCAUCAAAGAAAAUAGGUCAAGGCCAGGGGCAGCAGAAGGUUGCUACAAGCUGGAAUUAGAACCCUUGGUUUUAGACCUGUAGUCAUUUAAAAUCAAGUAUUUGGGAUGGAGUUGGUGGGUGGUACAGAAGAAAAUGAGGGGGCCAAAGGAGAUAGUAUAAGGGACCUAGGAAAGGGCAAAGAGGAGCUUAAAGCCUUCGAAAGGAAGAGGGUGGAGAGAUGGCCCAGUGUUUAAGAGUGGUUGCUGUGCAGUCAUGAGGACUGGAGAUUAGAACUCAGCACCUGUGAAUAAGACAGGAGUCUACUGCAUGCCCAGAACCCUACUGGGGAGGGCCAGAGACAAGAGGAUGGCUGGGGCUUCCUGGCUUCCAAGCCAGCAGAGAAAUAGGAGAAUGGCUGAUUAUACUGUGUGAUAGUUUAUAUUGAUGCUAACUUGACAGGGUCUAAGAUAAUCUUGGAGACAAAUCUCUGGCUGUGUCUGUGAGGUGUUUUCUAGUUUGGAUUAAUUGAGGUGGAAGACCUACCCUAAACGUGAGUGAGACCAUUCCAUGUGCUGGUGUUCAGGGAGAGAUGCUGCAUCAUGGAAAUAGUAGAGCACACGUGAUUCGCCCCUUCUAGGCUUAGUAUAUGUGCCUGUAGGCACAUGCACUACAUACACAUGUGUGUGUGUGCACACCCACACCACCACACAACCACAACCACACCACAAAUAAAGCUUUAAAAAUGUAACACAAAAUCCUAUUCACAGUAAUAUGAAAAAAUAAAAUAAAUAAAUAUAUAGAAAUAAAUGAGAGAGAGAGAGAGAGAGAGAGAGAGAGAGAGAGAGAGAGAGAGAGAGCAGCCAAAUUAAAAAUGAAUAGAAAGUAACACACACACAUAAGGAAAAAAAGCUGAUGAAAUGAUUCAGUGCAAGCCUAAUUACUUGAGUUGGAUCCCCAAGCCUCUGUCUACUUGACUUUGAUUCCUGAAAUCCAUGGUGAAAGAAGAGAAUGGACUCCUGAAAGUUGUCCUCUGACCUCUGCAUUUAUACUGUAGCAUUCAUGAGCCUAAGCUCACACAUACUCAUCAUAUACACACAAUCAUAAUAAGUUAAAUAAACAUUUUUUUAAAAGUUCAAAGCUUACAGCAAGUUCAAGCCUGUCUAGGAUGCAUGAGGUCUUAUCUCAAAAUAAAAACAAAAAUAAAACAAAAACAAGAAAUCAAAGGCUGGCGAGAUGUCUCAGCAGUUAAACACAUUUGUUCUAUAAGUAUGAAGGCUGGAGUUCAGAACCCAGCAUCCAGGUAACAAGCUGAGUGUCUUGUACAUGUCUAUAACCCCAUCUCUAAGGUGGUUGUGUGUGUGUGUGUGUGUGUGUGUGUGUGUGUGUGUGUGUGUGUGUGUGUGUAGCAAAUUUGAGACCCAAAUUCUUGGAAAGACCCUGCCUCAAAAGAACAAGUGGAGAGGGGUAGAGAUAGUCACCCAAAGAUGUCUUCUAGCCUUCACUCAUGUGCAUAGACACAAUCACCACACAUGAGCUGGUGCACACACACACACACACACACACACACACACACACACACACACACACAAUACACACACACACCAAUAAACAAACAAACAGACAAAUAAUUUUAAAAAUCAAGGAGGUUGUAGCCCAGUUGGUACUUGCUGACUAUGCACGAACCCUGUGCUGAGUGCCAGCACUGCAUUAUGGGAGAUGGUGGAGCUCUUCUGGAUCCCAGCAUAAAGGUGGAGGCCAGAAGAUGAGACACUCAAGGUUAUCCUUUGUAUGAAGAAAGAUCAGAACUAGCCUGGGCUACAUGAGACUGUCUCAGAGAAAGAGAGAGAGAGAGAUUGAAUGUGUAGCUUGCCCUUACAAGUGCAUAGGCAUUUCCUAUUAAACCACACAGGUUCUGAGAAGGGAGGUUUCCCUGCCCAUGAUUUACAGAUUUGCAAUUUCCAAGACAGAAGUUGUAAGCUGUUGGACAGUUCUCCUGGUAACAGCAAGUCAACUGAUAUGAAUCAUCCUCCCCCUUUAAAAUAAAUAUAGCAUAUGCUUGUGGAAAUAGCUUGUUGAGAUUUAUGAAAACACUAUACAACUUAUAAUAGUUUCAUUUCUAAGCUUCUGACUUGAGUUCGAGAAAUGUAGUCAUUGUAUAAUUCCACUUCCAGCAACAUCCAACAUCGCUGUCAAACAAAAAUAAGAUUUGGAGCUCAAAUGGCCCUUGUGCCUACUCCCAAAGGUGAUCUAUUGACUUACAGAAAUAGAGCAGAACCCAGCUAUAUCCCCAGAUUUUUAGGCAAAUGGUCUGGAUCCUUCUGCGGAGCGCUAGAGUAGGCGUUCUGAGAUCCACCAUGGUUCUGGGUUUCAGUUGAGAAGUAAGGGGGAGCAGGGGGAAGGUGACCAUUUUAUCUAGGGGUCCUCAAGGCUGAGGAAGGCUUAGGUUUCAGUUGCUUUUCAGUGGGAGACCUGUGCAAAGAGGAAGUGUGAGCCAGAAGUGUUUCUCUGUGUCCUGUGUUAGCCGGUUCCUCUGUGUCCUGUGUUAGCUGUGUCUACUGCUGUUUUAAAUAAAUGUCACUUAGGCUAGCGAAAUGGCUCAGCGGGUAAAAGCAUGUUGACUAAGCCAGAUGGCUUGAGUUUGAUCCCAGGGGUCCCUGUGGAGGUAGGAGAGGAUGGAGUGUCCCAAGCUGUGCUGAUCUCCACAUGUGCCCUGUGGCACACACACAGAAUAUAUAAAUAAAUAAAUGUAAUAAAAAAAUAAAGGAUGUUUCAAGUCA